UCGGCUCCGUGGCGCUUCCUGCCACGCCGGGCCUGGCCGGGCCGCGUUAGCGCAGCUCCGCCGAGGAUCGAGCGUGGGCUGUCCGUAAGUCUGGAUGAGCUACCGAGCCGCGGGAGGAUGUGCCAGUGACGCGAACGAGUGUGCCGGACGGAGGUGGGACCUUCCCUGCCGGACAGAGUGCUUGGAUCUGUUAUAAAGCACAAUGAGUCAUCCAUCAGUGUCUCUGUUGGCGCCACCUGCUCCCCAAGGUCUUGCCCUCCCCCAGGAUGGAGCCCCAAGAACCCAGGUCCUGGCAGUCCCUCUUGAGAUGCCGGAGGCCCAGGGCUUGGUGACAGUUGAUGAAGUGGCAUGGUGCCUCACAAAAAGAGAGUUGUUGAGGCUUGAUCCAGAGCAGAGGACACUGGCAUAUUACAGGAAUGUGGCCUCCGUGGGAGGUCCUGUUGUGAACCCUGCCUUGGUCCCUCAGCUUGCACAAGGGCAAAUACUUUUGGCACCAGACCCAGCUCUCAACACAGAUCGUGCUACACAGUUUGGCCGCAGCUCUGUGAUCCAGCACCACACGAUGGGUGAGGAAGCUCAGCCCCAGGAAAUGGCGCCCACCAGCUCCCUGAGGGCCAGUGAUCCCAGCACUGAGGUCAAAGUGAAUGGGGACUUGGAGGGCAGGGGAGGGAGCCCCCAGGACGGGCCCAUAGAGCAUCACUUUGCAUGUAAGGAGUGUGGGGACACUUUCCGACUGAAAGUGCUCCUCGUCCAACAUCAGAGAGUUCACAGAGAGGCCAGGAGCUGGGAGUGUGGUGAUUGUGGGCAGCUCUUCCGCGGGCUGGCCGAGCUUAACGAGCACAAGAAGGCCCACGUGGCCGCCGAGCCGCGGCCCGGGCCCAGCUGGGCCCUAGAGGAUGCGGUGGCCAAGCGGGAGCAGCUGGAGAGGGAGGCCAAGCCCUUCGAGUGCACAGAGUGCGGGAAGCGCUUUAAGAAGAACGCAGGUUUGAGCCAGCACCUGCGGGUGCACAGCCGCGAGAAGCCCUUUGACUGCGAGGAGUGUGGCCGCUCCUUCAAGGCCGAUGCGCACCUCGUCCGUCAUCAGAAGCUGCACAACUCCGACAAGCCGUUCCCCUGCCGGUCAUGCAGCCGGGAUUUCCUGGAUCGCCAAGAGCUGCUCAAGCACCAGCGGGCGCACACUGGUCAUCUGCCGUUCGACUGCGACGACUGCGGCAAGUCCUUCCGCGGUGUCAGCGGCCUGGCUGAGCACCAGCGCAUCCACAGUGGUGCCAAGCCCUAUGGCUGCCCGCACUGCGGCAAGCUCUUCCGCCGCAGCUCGGAGCUCACCAAGCACCGGCGCAUCCACACAGGCGAGAAGCCCUACGCAUGUGGCCAGUGUGGCAAGGCAUUCCGCCAGAGCUCCAGCCUGCUGGAGCACGCGCGCAUCCACAGCGGAGAGCGGCCCUACGCAUGUGGCGAGUGCGGCAAGGCCUUCCGUGGGCCCUCUGACCUCAUCAAGCACCGACGCAUCCACAGUGGACUGAAGCCCUACGAGUGCGACAAGUGCGGCAAGGCUUUCCGCAGGAGCUCUGGCCUCAGCCGCCACCGGCGCAUCCACAGCGGGUCACGGCGCUGCGAGUGCAGCGAGUGUGGCCGCGUGUUCAAGCGGCGCUCGGCACUGCAGAAGCACCAACCCAGCCACCGCGAGUAG